AGAACUUCUACCACUAAGCAACUUCAUGACUCCACCAAGGAAUCUUAGAAAAUGCUGUUUAAGAUGUUAUUAUUAUGUCUAAUCCUGCUGGAUGUGGAUGUUGCAGCCACCGGUUGUAAUUUUCUCUCUUGUGUCUGGAAACCCGGCAAUAAAGAUGACAAUCCCUAUACAAUAGGAGGGAGUACCAAAAACUACAGGAAGAGAGACAAAAAAUGCGACAAGCUAUGUUCGAAGGCCAUCCCUUGCGAUUCCUCUUGGUCCUUGCAUAAUAAUCGUGUUCAUACUAGGGCUUACGAUUAUUGCUCCUGCCAUAGAGACUGCAUGAUAUUCUUGGGUGCUCUGUACAACCCACACAACGCUGCCCAAAACCAAACAAGGCAGAGUAAAAAUAAAAUUAUGCUAGCUAUCUCUGCAUUCAAGCUCAAAUAAAGUUCCAUUAGUUUUUCAUCUAGGUGCAAAUGUGUAAG